AUGGGGAGUAGAUCAGACUCUGCAGCCUGUGGAACUUCUCUAAUAGACUUGGGAAACAGGACAGCGAGACGGGACCUUCCGCGCGGAGACCGCGCUCGGGGAGAGACUGGCAGGGCCGAGCCUGGCCCCGUGGGACUCCCGUUCGCGGCGUUUGACACUGUGAUUAACGAGGCGGCUGUGACGAGCGAGAAGCUCUGCCGGGCCCAGCAGGAGCUGCACUUCCAGGCGGCCACGUACCUGUGCCUGCUGCGCAGCGUGCGGGAGCACCUGGCCCUUCACCACGAGUACCACGGCAAGGGGGAGCGCUCGCCCGACGAGGUGGCAGGGCUCGUGGGCUUCAGGCUGCCGCAGCAGCCCGGAGGAAAGGGCUGGGAUUCAUAGG